CAAAAACACACUCAGGAAUAUGGAAAGAUCUUCAAGUCUCACUUUGGUCCCCAGUUUGUUGUAUCCAUUGCAGAUCGAGACAUGGUUGCUCAAGUCCUCCGAGCAGAAGGUAGAGCACCACAAAGAGCUAACAUGGAAUCCUGGCAGGAGUACAGAGACUUACGAGGGAGAGCUACAGGGCUUAUUUCUGCGGAGGGGGAACAGUGGCUAAAAAUGAGAAGUGUACUGAGGCAAAAAAUUCUGAAACCCAGAGAUGUGGCUGUUUACUCAGAAGGAGUCAAUGAAGUUAUCACAGACUUAAUUAAAAGAAUCCACACCAUGAGGAGUCAAGAGGAGGAUGGGGAGACAGUGAGCAAUGUUAACAACCUUUUCUUCAAGUAUUCAAUGGAAG